AAGUAAUAAGGCUAUUAGCUUUAUCUGGUCUUCACAGUUGAACAGCUUCAGCAGCCAUGGCCUCUGGAGACCCUAUGAAGGAGCUCUGUGAGGAACUGGCCUGUCCCAUCUGCUUGGAGUAUUUCAAGGAGCCUGUGACCAUCUCUUGUGGGCACAAUUUUUGCCAAUCCUGUCUGGAUCAAUGCUGGAAGGAGAAAGACGCCUCCUGCCCACAGUGCAGGGAGAAAGUGCAAGAAGAGGACACCAAACCAAAUAGGCCGCUGGCGAACCUGGUGGAGAUAGCCAAGAAAUUGGGGCUCCAGAAGGCAGAAGAGAAGGGGAGAGUCUGCCAGAGGCACCAGGAGCCCCUGAAGCUCUUUUGCGAGGACCACAAAGCCCUCAUGUGUGUGGUGUGCGACAGAUCGAAGGAACACCAAAACCACAAGGUGAUUCCUCUAGAUGAGGCAUCGAAAGAGUACAAGGAUCAGAUUAGGAAUUUGCUGGAGUCUCUGGAGAAGGAAAGAGAGAAAAUUCUGGCCUACAAAGCAAAUACAGAAAAGGAAAUUGACUAUGUUCUUAAGAUAACCCAAAUUCAGAAGGAGAAUGCUGUGGCUGCAUUCAGACACAUGUGUCAAUUUCUUGAAAAACAAGAGAGGAAUCUGCUUGCAAAAAUGGAAGAGGUGGAGAAGGAGAUUUGGGCAAAAAGUGAGGAACAUCUGGUCAGGAUCUCCAAAGAACUCUCCUCUCUCUCAAGUCUCAUGCAAGAGAUGGAGGAGAAGCACCAGCAGCCGGCAAGUGAACUCCUCCAGGAUAUUAGAAGCUUCUUACAGGGGUAUCAGAAGAGAGAGAAAUUUGAGACUCCUGUGGUUUUUCCUCCUGCCCUGAAAUGGAAGAUUUGGGACUUGCAUGAUAUCAAUCCCUUUCUGGAGGGUGUCAUGAAGCAAUGCAGAGACUCUCUGGAAUCUGGAAUUCAGCAGCAAAAAGCACAUGUGACUCUGGAUCCAGACACAGCCCAUCCUCGUCUCAUCCUCUCUGAAGACUGCAGUCAUGUGACAUUUGGAAAGAAAAAGCAACUUCUUCCUGACAAUCCUGAGAGAUUCAGUGAUUACCCUUAUGUGCUGGGCCAGGAGGGAUUCACAGGAGGCAGGCAUUUUUGGGAAGUCCUUGUGGCGAGUGAGGGAGAAUGGUUUGUGGGAGUUGCCAGAGAGUCUGUGGAGAGAAAGGACUUAGACCGCUGUGGCCCUGAGACUGGGAUCUGGGAAGUGGGAAAGUAUGACAAUGAGUACACCUUCUCCUCCGACAAUGAUGAGGACUCCCGUCUGACUCUGAACGAGGAGCCCAUGAGGGUUCGUGUGACUCUGAAUUAUGAAGGGGGUCGGGUGGCCUUUUACAAUGCAGACUCAGCAGCCCUGAUCUUUGAAUACCCUCCAGCCUCUUUCUCAGGAGAGACCCUCCUCCCAUUGUUUUAUGUGGGGAAAAAAGCCCAACUGGCACUCUCUCCCUAAGGAUGGAGAGGAAUGUUCAAAGACUCACACCAGCCGAGACACAAGAGGAGCUUUAUCUCCAGCGAACUGGGGCUGUUGCUUUUUUUGUGGAGCCUCUCUGCUCUCUCUUUAUAUAUUUACCUAAAGACUGACUGGGAGGCUGGAGUGUGAAUGAUAGAGCCAUUUCCCAGUGCAAUGCUCAGCUCAUGGGCCGGCCAAGAACUUCCUCUCCUGUUUGGAAAGACAGCAACAACAACAACAUAAAAGAGGAAAUAAACAUAAUAAAUAAACAUCAAUAUAAUAAUACAUUGAAACCAAUUGUUACCCAAUCAUUCUAUAAUACAGUAGUUAGUGGGCAGCUUUUCUAUUCCCUUUUCACCAUUUCUUCAACUUUCUGAGGGAUGUAGGUUGGAUUUGCCUAUGCAGCUUUGGUUUCACACCGAAACAGCAUUGGAUCAAGUACGAAUGAAAACUGAGGUAUAGUCGGACCUCCAUAUUUGAUGGUUUCAUUUUUGUAGGUUUUAAUUAUUCAGAUAUUUGGUUAAAAUAGUCUCUCUAGGAAUCUUUAGGUCCUUCAGUGUGGCUCUAUGGCCAGAUUCCUGUGGGAGUCAACUAUAGAUAUUCAUAGACAGAACAAUUCUCAAGGCAUUGAUAAGGGCUCCAGAAUGAAUCUGUUGGAAGUUGACCUUGUUCCCUUGUUCCCUUUUUGGCUUUUUGUAUUUUUUGAAUAUCUUCCACUUCUUCUGUACUUGUAAGGUAGUAAUAAAUGUUAUAAACAGUAUAAUGCAC